AGACAUUUAGCCCGAGGCCACGCAGGAAGUGUUCUGUUGCACAACGCCUCCCCAAAAGGCCCCUCUUCUUCUUCUUCUUGGCUGUGUAUCCUACUCGAAUGGAUCGCCUGCGAUAACCUCUGUGGCAUCCGCAUCUUUCACCAUCCUCUUCUCUUCUUUCUCCCACCAUGGCUGAACUCGCUACGCCCUCGGCCGCCGAUAUGGCCACCGCUCGAGUUCCCACUCCCGCCAACGACUCCAAGGACAAGAGUGUCCCGGCUGUCAAGCCCGAGCGACCGGAUGAGGAGGUCUACAAGACUGAACUUGCAAAGGCCGAGAAAGAGUUGAAGUCGGCGGAAGAACGUCUGAAAUCCAUCAAGGCCAAGGUCGACCUCACCCGACCCAACAAUAAAGACUCGCCCUCUGCCAAACGCCAGCAAGAACUCCGCGCCGAGCUCGCCACCAUUCGCCAGCAGCAGCAGUCUAACAAGUCCGGCCGCACGCAGGUGCUGGAGAAGGUCAAGCGUCUCGAUGAGAGCCUGAAAUCGAGGAUCGGCGAGCAAAAGACGGCGCGCAGCCGCAUCAACUUCAAGUCGGCCGACGAGGUGCAAAAGGAGAUUGACCGGCUGCAGAAGCAAGUCGACACCGGCACCAUGAAGAUUGUCGACGAGAAGAAGGCAUUGGCCGACAUUUCCCAGCUGAACCGGCAAAAGAAGACAUUCGGGAGCUUCGACGAGGCGCAAAAGGGCAUUGACGAGGUCAAGGCGCAGAUUGCCGAGCUGAAGAAAUCCCUCGAUGAUCCGGAACACAAGGCCCUGAGCGACAGGUACACAACCAUCACCACCGAGCUCGACAAGAUCAAGGCCGAGCAAGAUGACGCCUUCAAGGGCCUCAACACCCUGCGCGACGAGCGCACCAAGGCCCACGAGGAGCAGCAGAAGAAGUACACGGCGGUGAAGGAGAUCAAAGACCGCUACUUCAAAGCCCGCCGCGCCGCCGCCGAGUACGAGAAGGAAGCGCGCCGCAUCCGCGAUGAGAAGCGCCGCGCCGAAAACGACGCCUACCACCGCGGCCGCCGACAAGAAGUCGCCAAAGCGAAACUCGAAGAGGCCAGCGCGCCCGCGUACCAAGACGAAAUCCGCACCACGCAGACCCUCAUCGCCCACUUCGACCCCUCCUCCGUCCAAAAGCAAGACGCUUCGGGACCCGGCAAAUUCGCCGCGACCGCCAGCCGCACCGUCGACGACUCCGGGAUCAAAGGCACGCGCCUCGUGCGCAAGGGCGAAGACGAGGACAACUACUUCAUCGGCAGCGCAGGCAAGAAGAACAAGCGCGGCGGACGAGGCCAACAGCAGACUAGCAGCGGCACCGCGAGCCCCGCGCCCGAGGGCAAAUUCAAUCUCGACAUGGGCACCAUCGACAGUCUGGGCCGCAUUGGCGUCGACCCGCCCAUGUCGCAGGCCGACGUGCCCGUCGUGGUGGAGAAGUUGAAGACGAAGCUCGAGUUCUGGAAGGGCGAUCAGAAGCGCAAGACGGACGAGAACGUCGCCAACGCGCAGAAAGAAAUCGACCGUCUCGAAGCCGAAGCGCAAAACGCCGACACCGGCAAGACUGACCGCGGCAACCACACGACCGAUGCCGCGCGCAAACCCGCGCAGGAGAACCAGGGGGUGAACGGCGAAGCUUCAGCCGGCGCCGAGUUGGCGCAGGAGAAGGCGGCCGACGCGGACGUGGCGGACGAGCUGGAGAAGGUGAAGAUUGAGGAUGGCAAGGAUGCUUUGGAGGGUGAUGGCAAUGCGUAAAAAGAAAGGGGCGGAGAUGGAAAGUUUAUGACUCUGCUGUUGUUUUCGAGCAUCGGUAUUGCCUGGCGGACGACGAUUCGGAUUUUUAAUCGCAAAAUGGCAGAAUGGAAAAUAUCGUGGGGA